AUGUUACUAAAGGAAUAUCGAGUAGGAGUGGUGCAGACAACACGGCUGCCGCUGCCGACGUUCACGCCGCGCGCCGUGGUCAUGUACAGCGCGUCAGUCGGCGGCGAGGGCUCAGUGGCGCUACAGUUGCGCGAGGCGGGCCCCGGCGAUUCUGCCCGAUUUCACGACAACCGCCUAGCGAUAGCAUGCCAUGAACCUGAGUUGCUUGCUGACUUCUUAAACGCCAAUGAUAUCGAUGGCGAGCAUGGUGGCCUGUCAGCUCUCCUGGGAGCCGCCUCACCAGACCUGGCUCUAGCGUCUGACGCUUCCGACAGUUUGCCCCUGCCAGAUCAUGAUAACGAAUGCACAUCAUCAUCUUCAUCACUGCUGAGCGGGGUGACGACGGUGUCAGUAGCCGUCACCGGACUGGAUCGGCCGCUCACCAAAAAGGUCCGACCUAAACCAGCCUCGCCCAACCGACAGGGCCCACAACAGUGCCAAGUUUGCAACAAGAUCUUCGGUAAUGCAUCAGCCCUAGCAAAACACAAACUAACACACAGUGACGAGCGCAAGUAUGUGUGCAUCACAUGUGCGAAGGCGUUUAAAAGACAGGAUCAUCUCAACGGACACAUGCUAACACACCGCAACAAAAAGCCUUACGAAUGCAAAGCAGAUGGAUGUGGCAAGUCGUACUGUGACGCCAGAUCGCUGCGACGGCACACUGAGAACCACCACCAGCCUCCAGCAACAGAAACAAGUACAAUAACCACAACAACGUCGAGCGUAAUAACAACAGUGGAGCGUGAACUGAAUGCGACUGCGACUGUGACUGCGACCGCGGCAGCGACUACGACUGCGGUCGCCACUGUCAACACACAACGAGUCACAUCUCCCAUCUCACCGCCGCGAGUACAACCUCCGCAUUCAGAUUCAAGCAAUGGUUCAGAGAAGUCGAGCACGUCACACAGCACAAGCAGUGACACAAGCCCGCCUUGUACCCCGCCCGCACCCCCCACACCACCCGCGAAGGCCAAACCAAAGAACAGUAGCAAGCCCAAGUCUUGUACGACACAGCAAAGCAGUCAGAAAGCUGCGAAUGGCGCAAGUGCGAGCGGAGGAGCCAGCGGAGCGGGUAGCGCGGCGUCCAAUGCCGCCCGAGCCAGCGACGUAAAGCCAGUAGAAUGCAACCUCUGUCAUCGCAAGUUUAAAAAUAUACCGGCGCUGAACGGCCAUAUGCGACUUCAUGGCGGAUACUUUAAAAAGGACUCGGACAGCAAAAAACUAGAUAAGAAAGAAUCUACGGGACCACCAUUACAAACGGCUUCGGUAUCUGUUCGAGCGCUUAUUGAAGAAAAGAUUAUAAGUCGUCGAGGAGCUACUGUUGCGUCCACACCAUCUACAGGUACAACCACAGACUCAGUGUCCUCUCGCGCAGGAUUCGUAGCGCCUGCCCCACCGCCAUUAUCUAACAUCAGACAGCCAGCGUCCCCCGCCGCUACUUCAACGCACUUCGUCUCUCCGCGGGCACCACCCGUCGUCACCGUUGCUUCUAAUGCGGCGACCAACAUCUGCGCUGCACAAAGAGAUUCUACACUAAUAGAACUAUUGAAAAAAGGGAACACUAAGGCUGUAAAACGAUCCGCAUCAGAUCCUGGGCAAACGUCACCACAGCAAGACUUCACUUUCCGGCCAGAAUUGUUUGGAGUAUCAUUCAAUUCAGAUGAUGGAUACUUUUCACCAGCACUAAAUGAGGACACGUUCCAGUUUACUACAACUCACGACCAAUUAGAGGAAUUAGCCUCAUUGGAAGAUUAUGCAACUGUAGCGGCAUCUAUAAGAGAACGAUCACCUGUAACGUUUCCAUCCAACCGACGGCUCGCUGCGGUUCUUAAUUCACCUCUACCAGAAUCUCUUGCUGACUUCGGCGCUUGCCAUGGAGGUUCACCGGUUCCGUCACCUGGAAUGGGAUACACUGCCAAUUCACCCGGUCUUUCUUAUUCUACCGGAGGUUCCCCAGGAUUGUCGUUCACAGCUGCGUCACCAAGUAGCUAUUCAAACCAUGCCGAGCCUUCACCGGGUAUGGCUUACCCAACUCCUCCAGCAUCACACGAUGCUCACUCGCCAGGGAACACAGCUCCUCGUGCAUCCUCGCCUCUAUCCGCUGCCUUUUUCACUGCCACUAUGUCUAGUCAAGAAGAGGUUGAGGAAGCUUUAGAAGAAGUGUUACCAGAAGAGUGUCGAUCGCUAGAUGCGUAUGCAUUGGAACCGUCACCAGCACCGCGUCGCAUUAUGUUAAAUUCAGAAGAUCCUCUCCUGUCGAGCAGUCCACGAGACUUCGCACACCAGCGACCUUUCCGUCGACACAGUCGCAUGGGAUCGUCUACUAUUUCGCCAUUACAGCAGUGGCAACACGACUCACUUCAAGUAUGUGUGGAAGGUCGGGACACGGUACCGGCAGUAUUUUUGAGUCCAAGUAGUGUGCCUGCGUCGCCACAGAGACGCAAACGUCGAGCUUCUCCGGCUGGGCCGUUCCGAUCUCGCAUACGACGAACCUCUAGUCACUACAUACCGCCACCCAUACUGCCUCCGGAUCGGGACGGGUCAGGACUGCUAAUAGAAUGUACUGCAGGUGCAGGGACAUCACAAACUGAUGUUCUUUCUCAACUGGAAGAACCUCGGCCGCCGCAGAUCAAUAUCGGGCGAGACUUCCAGGCUGAGCUGCCGGCUCUGUGUAAUGAUCGAAUAGAUCUACAUCGAGUACCGGAACAGCUGUUAUGGGACCCAGGCAUCAACGAUGCCCUAGAUGAUAAUGAAGUGAGGAUGUUCAUGGAGCUGGCGAUGUGCGCGGCGAUGCCGGUGGGCGGGCACACGAAGGAGUUCGCGCUGCAGACGCUGGGCGAGUGCGGCGGAGACAUCCGCGCCGCCACGCUCUGUCUCAUGUCGCGCCCCGCCGCGCCCACGCAGCGCCACGACGCGCGCUGGGCGCCGCACGAGGUCGAGGCCUUCCUCGCCGGACUCGGCCACUAUGAUAAGGACUUCUACCGGAUUUCACAACUGAUAAGAACAAAAGACUCAAAACAAUGUAUACAAUUCUACUACUUCUGGAAGAAGCUCACGAAAGAUUACAAACUCCUGUACCUCCGGAGCUGGGCGAUGGAUCAGCAGGUUUCAUCACAAGGCUCUGUAGGGCAGAUAUCCGCGACACAAGCCGCGUCGUGCACAGCUCCGACCUCAUCGUUCGAUACCGAGGAGUUCCCCUGCAAGAUAUGCGGGAAGUAAGUUCCGAGGCGCGGAUCAUUCACGCGACUGCAUACCGCUUACAGUAUCGACCAUACAGCCAACUGCGCAAACGCAAUUUACGUGGAACAUUACCGACUUCCUCAAACUAUGACACGUGCCAAACGUAUGGAUGUUCUUGAUCCUCUUUUUACAUGUACAUUUACACUAACUAACCAGGUUACGUUUCACCUAAAUUGCCUUUCGUGCAUGCAUUAUGUAUUAAGAAAAAUAUUUACAGCUUCAUAGUAACUAACUGAAUGGAGAGAACUAUGUGGAUAUUAAGUUUAACGAUAAUAGUACGGCUCAGUGAGUUCGGCACUAGUUGUGUAAUAUCGUAAAUCGUCGACGUACGAGUCCUGCGACAGUACAGGCAGUCACGGACUACAUACGUCACGAUGAUUGCCGACCUUCGUCUUUUAAACUAAUUAUAUUAUUUAUUUGUACUAUAUCUAUAUAUCUAUUCAUAAUAGAAAUGUUUAAGGGGCGUACUUUGCCAAAAAUGUACUUGUGCCAAGCAUCCACGGUGCCUAAUUUCGGAAGCACGUAAUCUUCAUUGAAUACUAUUAAGAAAUAUAUUUUGUUAGAGUAAAGUUAGCAAAGGUCACGAAAGUGUUGUGUACUAUUUAUACUGUAUCUUGCGUGCCAUUAAACUGCUAUUAUACAAAUUCAAACGUUUAACGAGUAGUUGUAUGGUAAGGCUACAAUGAAUACAUUUAUAUAAUUUGACAGCGAUUCAUGUAAAUAUUAUUAUUAUAGAUAAUGUAUUUUCAUUGUAUUUUAAGACAGUGAAUUUAUAUGUCCAUUGCAUAAGAGGUUGAAAUCUUAUUUAUUUAUUAUUAUCGUAACUAUCGUAGGAUUAAUAUUUAAAGGGUUUUGUGUAUUAAUGUUGUAUGUAUAUAAGUUUUCUCUAAUACUAACGCUUCACGCUUGCUUUAUCUGCAGUUGUGCUUUGAGUUUAACACUUUCGUUUUUCUUUCGCUUCUCUGUUUAUGUUUCUUGUGUUGCUAUUUCUAAUAGUGUACCCUGUUAUGUUUCAGAGUAUUUAACAAAGUAAAAAGUCGUAGCGCGCACAUGAAGUCGCACCGGCCACUCGACGCCGAGCCAAAACGGCCAAAACUCGAAAAGCCUUAUGAAAAGGUCGAAAGAUCCGAUGACAGAUCCCACGCGACAGCUGAAUACCAAAGCAAACCCGCGCCCUCCCCCUCCCCCUCCCGGUCCCCCGCGCCCGCGACCUGCCAGUAACCGCCCGCACUCGCACCCCGCCCUCAGUCACUCGCUCGGACUCGGACUUAAUGCUGAAUCGCAAGCAUU